AUUCGUCGACACAUUUACGCAUUCGGAUUGUUGACAUACUGCCGCAACUCUCCGGGAGUUUGCGUAGACUCUUCAUACAACCGCUCCAAAACCAUAGACCUCAACAUCGACACAGUCCGCUUAGCACAAAUCAUCAUAUUGGAGGCUUCGACAAUUGCACAACCACCGCGACUGUUCUCGACCAGCUUGAUACCAGGCAUCGUCGGCGCCCAAGGUCUGUCCACCACAGUUGUGACAGAUGCCUUCCAGAAUAAGCGGCGCUUGUAACGGGUGCCGCACAAAGAAACAAAAGUGCAGUGGUGAUAGAUCCGGGUGCUUGCAGUGUCAAGCUGUAGCCGUACAAUGUACGUGGCCGGAGCAAAGAAAGCGAGGUCCUGCCAAAGGCUACAUCGAAGGCCUUGAGCAUCGUCUUCACGAAGCUGAAUCGCUCAUCCUCGCUCUCCUACCUCUUGUUAACACCGAGCAACUCAAUUCUGCUGCGGAUACACUGAAAUCCACGUCGCCAUCUGCAAAUAUAGCGGGCCUCAAAUCCAGAGACUCGCAAUCACCUGGCCCACGGAAUGUCAGAAGUAGUCCACCCACGCUCAACAAGAAAACUGGCAUUGAGUACUGGGAGGCCUUCCCGCUCGAUACGGCCGAGAACAUCCGCAAGUGGCAGCAAGAUUGUACAACACACUCCUCGGGCCAGAAUCCGCCGUCGUCUCGCAACUCGCUCACAGCAGAAGAUUCGUUUUCGCAAUCAAUCCUGCAUCAAAAUUUCAUGCCUGAUUCUAAAAGUCACUCACGCGCCGGCUCAGUGGAAUUCUCGAGUCACAAUCAUGCGCGCUCAUCGUCAGCCGCGUUCCGCUCAGUGAGCAAUGAAUCGUAUCGUAGCGAGACCAGCACCCCAGUCAAUGUCCCACAACAAUCUCAUUCUCAACCGACGGUGCCGACGACCUCCAAUUUCCACACAGGGUGUCGGCAUCGGUGCCGAGGCUUUGCUACUCCAAAGCUUCGCCGACUCAUCCUGGGCGCAGUCACAAUCGCUCGAUAACGGUUUGCAUGAUGCGAAUCCCAGCAUGGGAGCCAGCAAUAGCAUGGAUAUGCAGAGUGGGUUGAUGGAGGUCGAUACGGGGCUUUUUGCAAAUGACAUGCAGAAACGACUGUUCUGGUGAACAAACCCUACGGGUAGCUCGAAGCGCAGAAGCUUGGGUCAUACAGGACAAUAGGGAGCUCAU